CAGCUCCCAUACCUCCUACGCCCGAGAUGAUCUGUCUUUUCUGGCAAGACCCAGACUUCGUGGAACGGACGGUCUUAUCCGAUGUCAUCUCACGAAGAGGUUUUCCUGGAUCGAGGCUUGCGCUUUGGGGAUUGGGGGGCAUCGGGAAAUCGCAAAUAGCCAUCGAGUAUGGAUACCGUGUCCGCAAUCGUUCGCCACAAACUUGGGUCUUUUGGGUACGUGCUGGAAGCAUCGCUAGAUUUGAAGAGGAUUACCGGAAGAUCGCGAAAGCUCUUCAUAUACCUGGUUCCGAUGAGAAAAACGCGGACCUCUUAAGGAUGGUGCACGAUUGGCUCUGCAAAGAGAGCAAUGGACACUGGCUCAUGAUUAUCGACAACGCAGAUGACAUGGAUGUCUUCACCGGUCCGCCGCCCAAUCAUAAGAGCACUAGCACUUCAGCCGAACGAGCAGCACCUAAAGUGCUCGACUUUCUGCCGCAUUCUCCUAAAGGAGCGAUGUUGAUUACGACGAGAAAUCGCAACGUCGGUUUCCACUUGACGGGAAACUACAAACACAUACUACGGGUGGAGCCUAUGACAGAAACCGAGGCCAUUACUCUACUCAAAAGCAAAUUGGACGGAACCCGCAGCGAAGAUGAUAUGAAAACUCUCGUGCAAGCGCUCGACUGCAUUCCGCUCGCUAUCUCUCAAGCAGCCGCAUACAUUAGCAACAAGACACCUCGCGUCACUAUCGCUCCUUAUCUCAAGCAGCUGAAGGGGGGAGACAAGGACAGUGCGAAGCUGCUACAGGAAGACAUACCUGAAGCGAGACGAGACAAGGAGAGGUCGAGUUCAAUUGUGGCUACCUGGCAAAUAUCUUUCCAGUACGUGCGCAGCACCAAGCCCUCCGCCUCAAGGCUUCUGUCGCUGAUGUCUCUGUUCGAUCGACAGGGAAUUCCGGAAUCGCUUCUCGCGGGGCAAUACGGGCAAGAAAAAACAGUUCAACAGCAGGAAGCGAAGCUGAAGCAGAUCCAAUGCGAUUUCGAUGAUGAUUGGACGACACUCACGGACUUCUCCUUUAUCAAGACUAAUAUAGACGGACAUCAUUUCGAGAUGCAUCGCCUUGUGCAGUUCACCAUGAAGAAAUGGCUAGAGUUGCAUGGCGAAUUACAACCGUGGACGAAUAAAUACAUCACCCUCCUCAACUCGCACUAUCCCGAACCCGACGACGACAUAGGCUCCUGCGAAUUGCUUUUCGCACACGCAGUCUCCGCAAUUCUAUAUCGACCUAACUCGACAGGAUCCCUCUGCGACUGGGGCUCCCUAAUGCACAAGCUCGGCAUGUACACCAAUCGACGCGCUGUCUACGACAUCUCCGAGAUAUUCUAUCGAGCCGCUACCCACGCGUACGAAACGGCCUUGGUCGCGGACAGUCCCCAAACGCUGCGCACUCUUAUCAGCCGCGCCAAUGCCCUCGACUAUCUUGGCAGGGAGGAUGAAGCCGACAAACUGCGAAGAAAAGCACUAGAAGCACACGAGAGAACACUCGGCCCCUCACAUCCAGACACGCUCCGCAUCAUGGACACACUCGCCCACACCCUCCACAACCAAAAGCGCUACGCCGAAAGCAGUGCCAUACUGCAACGUGCCCUCGAAAUCUGCGAACGCACGUACGGUGCCACACACCACGAGACGAUAUCCGCGCUCGAAUCGCGGGCGCUAUAUCUAAGGUGGAGCGGGCAACUUUUCGAAGCUGAGGCUAUGUAUCGUCGUGCGUACGAAGCGAGGCAGCAGGGUGGACGUAGACCGGAACAUGACGAAACGUGGUGCACCAAUUUGACCAUGAUAGCAUUGAACUUUGAGCUUGACGGGCAGAUGGAGGAAGCUGAAGUGCUGUUCAGAGAGGCGGUGGAAGUGGAACAGAGUUUGCCUGGAGCAGAUGAUGUAACAACCAAGGGAAGUGUCCGUCGGCUCGCGCGGGUGCUGGGUGAGCAGGGGAAGGCUGAAGAAGCUGCGCACUACUACAGAGAAGCUUUGGGCGGGUAUAGCAAACAGUUUGGAGAGGAAGGCGAAGUAACGCUUCUACUAAUGAUGGAGCUAUCGGCUAUCCUCUCUAAGUUGGAUAAGCUAGAGGAAGCGGAAAUCCUCUGUCGGUAAAGCCUUGCGGGCCAGGAGAAGCGCCUUGGGGAAACGUCGCAGCCGCUUGGUCCGGGGGAUUGGGUGGAUGUAACUUUGACUGUGUAUACCCUGGCGACCACUGUGCACAAGCGAGGACGUCGCGAAGAGGCAUUGGCAUUGUAUAAGAAGGCGUAUACGGAGACUAGGGAGGAUCAUCCGGAUGCGAAGAUAUUCUUAGAUGGUUUGCGGAAGAUUCAGGAGGAGAUACAACGAGAGGGAGAGUGCGGCUCUCAUGAGCUGCUUGU